GCAAACCAUGACGGAUAUCGUCAUGUGAGGAACUGUAUCAUGUCCUAAGUGUCAAUUUCUCUGUGAUACAUGUAUUUUGAACUUUAGCAGCGGACAAGCUGAGGCAAAGAGUUUUAAGGGAGGCAGGCGGGAACAGGUAACAAAGGAUCACACACAAUAAUAUUAAUUUUUAAGCCUCUGUUCACCUGUAGAGAGUCUCUCCCAACAGAUGAACACACCUUAAGAGUCAUAGAAUCUAAUACAACCAGGAAACAUCUUUGGAACAAACUAAAAAGUGAAACUAAGUGACUAUUCAGGUCACUUCUUCAGCUCUGUCUCUCUUAACAAGAUGGAGAGGCUCAUGAUACUGCUCCUCUUCUGCCACAAAGCAUCUGCCGUCAAACACUUCAUGAGGUUUUACAUCAUGAUGUCCUCUGGAAACCCAAACAUCCCUGAUUAUUUUAUUAUGGCAAACUUUGAGGAAGUUGUGAUGGUUUACUAUGACACCAACAUGAAAACGCUAGAACCCAGACACGACUGGGCAAGAAGAUUAAUGGUGGAUGAUCCGCAACACUGGGACACGAUUUCUGAGGACGGCAUACAUUAUGAGCAGGUCUUCAGAGUUGACACAGACAGUUUCAAGCAGGACUCAAACCAAACUGGAGGUGUUCACAUUAUCCAGCAGUACUGGGGCUGUGAAUGGGACAAUGAGACAGAAAAGCUUGAUGGUUUUCUACAAUAUGGUUAUAAUGGAGAAGACUUCCUCACAUUUGACCGGGAGACCGAGACAUGGAUCGCUGCAAACCCCCGGGCUGAAACCACCAAACUGGAGUGGGAUGGAGAUACAACUAGAACUGUGCUUUGGACGAACCUCCUCGCCAAAUCCUGUCCUGCUUGGCUGAAGAAGUAUUUCAUCUAUACCAACGGUCUUCUGCAGAUACCAGAGCGUCCCUCAGUGUCUCUCCUCCAGAAGACUCCCUCCUCUCCAGUCAGCUGCCACGCUACAGGUUUCUACCCUCACAGAGCCGUGAUGUUCUGGAGGAAAGAUGGAGAGGAGCUUUAUGAGGACGUGGACCAAGGAGAGAUCCUCCCCAACCAUGAUGGAACCUUCCAGAUGAGCGUUGACCUCAAUUUAUCAUCCAUCAAUCCAGAAGACUGGAGGAGGUACGACUGUGUGUUUCAGCUCUCUGGUGUGACGGAGGAAACCGUCACCGCGCUACACAAACCAGUGAUCAGGACCAACUGGGAAAAGACUGGGAUUGGAAAUGAUCAAGAGACGCCCAGUGACAAGACCCUCCCCAUCAUUGUUGCAGUGGUUGUUCUUGUAAUCCUCAUUUCUAUUAUUGGAUUUACUGUUCACAAAAAGAAGACAGCCAAACCCCCUGCACCUAUUACUGACAACAUCCUUGAACUCUCUGCACUGAACACAGCAACCUGAUCACACCAAAACAAUAAGACAAACGGUGUGUGCAGACAAACACACCAUCCUACAGACACACACGGUGACAUCGUCAUGUCAACAAAAAAACAUGGCAGCUUUGAAGAGAAGAGAAAGGACAAAAAUAAACCAGUCCUCCAAAACUGAACAACCAUAGGUUGUUGUUUUCAACUGCUGAUACCACCGAUGGAGAGGUCUCCUGAAACAGCGCCCCUAUAUGGUGUCAGGCGUACCACUCCUUAGUUGUCAUGGUUACAAUAACAAACGGUUAUGGCAUGGUUAGGUUUAGGUGAGGUUUAGAAAAAUAUCGUGGUUUCUGUUCAAAUAAUUAUUUUUACUACCUUUACAUUAAAUGAUCUUUGUUGUCAUGGUUACACAAUUCGAUGAAUGGUCAUGGAUUAAAUAACAUAAACUAC